AUGGCAGCCGUUGCCAUCACCCAUCUCUCAGACUUGACACCACCAUCCCUCGAACGAACCUGGCUGACAGCACCGCAUCCGACCCUCCCCAUAGUUGCAACCUGCAGUUCUGACAAGACUAUCCGGGUCUAUUCACUCACAAACUUUCGACUUCUCUCGACAAUCACCGGUGGGCAUAAGCGUAGUGUGCGGACAUGUGCUUGGAAGCCGCAUGUGCAGGGUGAAAGUGUUCUGGCGACUGGCAGUUUCGACGCGACCGUUGGGAUCUGGAGACGGUGGGAUAGUUAUGGACGCGGAGGAGAAAGUGGCGCAGAGGAUUGGGGACUCAAUUCUAGGAAUGAUAAAGCUGGAGAAGAUGGCGAGGUUGGAAAUGAUGAUGUUGACGACGAAGACGAAGAAGAAUGGCGCUUCGCCGUCCUCCUCGAUGGCCACGACAGCGAAGUCAAAUCAGUAUCAUGGUCACCAUCAGGAAUGCUCCUCGCAACAUGUUCGCGCGACAAGUCGAUCUGGAUUUGGGAGGACCUGGACGACGGGGAUAACAAUUUUGAGACGGUGGCAGUGAUGCAGGAGCAUGCGGGUGAUGUCAAAUCAGUGGCAUGGCAUCCAGUCGAGGAGUGUCUGGCCAGCGCGAGCUACGAUGAUACAAUCCGGUUGUGGAGAGAGGAUAUUGACGAUUGGGGGCAGGUGGCUUGUCUUAAGGGACAUGAGGGAACGGUCUGGUGUAUUGACUGGGAGGGCGUGGAGAAUGUGCCUUAUUCCCAGCCUGCGUCAGCUUCUUUGGCAGAGCAAUGGAAGACCAGUCACGCCUUAUCUGGUCCUCGUUUGAUUUCCUGCUCUGACGACCGCACUAUCCGUCUCUGGCAAAAGCAGCCGAAAGAGCAACAGCAACAGCAAUUAAAUAUGCCCAGCAUCAUCCGUCCAACAGGAACUGACGAAAUCUGGACGGAAGAGGGUGUUCUGCCGUCGGCGCACGAUCUCUCUAUCUACGCCGUGGCAUGGAGCAAACGAACCGGACUGCUGGCAUCCGUGGGUGCCGAUGGCCGUAUCGUCGUUUACCAGGAGCAAUUCGCCAAUGAACAGCAGGACUCCCCAGCUGGUGAGGCCAUGGACACAACUGAUGACAGCACUGCUUCGCCCUCUCCCCUCCAGACGGGAUGGAACGUCAUUGCGACUUUCGACGGCGCGCAUAGUAUCUACGAGAUCAACCAUGUCGCAUGGGCAAAGCGAGCGGAUCGGGGUCGUGAAGAGGGCAAGGAAGAGGAGGUCCUGGUUACUACUGCUGAUGAUGGGAGUAUCAAGGUUUGGACACUUGGGUUAUGA